GGCACGCUUACCCUUUACUGAGACCAGUUCCUAUUGCAGGCUACCAGCAUUCACUCCUUGCGUUUUGGCGCUCCCCCCCCAAAGGCAAGCAUUGCAUUCCGUCGAAUCCAGUCAUCCGCCUGCACCCCCCAGUAAACUGCCUGGCGAAAUUCUCGCGUUUGUAUAUUCAUCAUCAAAACCCCUUCCGACCUCGCCCAUUUUAUCAUUUCUGAGCGAUUUUUUCGGUCUGAAUGAUACCGCUCUUUGCAUUUUCCUUUUUUACUACGCGUUAGUCGGAUGACGCGUGGUCGAGAUAGACUCCAUGCUCCGCGACGAGCUGCUUCGGUCUAAGAAUGAUGAGAUCACACGGUGUUUGCUGUCGCGAAAGCGAAAAUUAAGUGAGCUCUACUUUGCGACCGUCGGGACAGGCGCAGCGGAAGGCGCGACUGCGGAUACUCUCUACGAGCGACAGAGACAAGAGUUUCUUGACGCCAACGACCUAUCCAAAGGUCGGCUCUUCAAUGAAGCUACCCUUCCAUCUUUGCCUGACUAUGCAGCAAUUCUUGCGCGUCUACAAAAACAUGCUCCCCGUCCAGUGCCUGAACCCUCCCCUCCGAAGCAAUCUCCUCUCUUGCCGGACACUGCGACAGAGACGCUUCCAAUAGAUCGCCUUUCCACAACCCAAAAUCGAGGCGCACAGAGCCAUGCAACCGCAGAGAAAGUAGAGCCCGAUAUAACUACAGCAUCAUCGCAAACAGAUCUCACAUCAAUUCAUCACACCACUAAACCAGCAAUCUCCUCAAUACCUCCGUCUCCAUCCAAGCCUGCUAUAUCUGCGCAAUCGACUCCUGCGGCUCCUGGCAACGUACCUCAGAUCGCGGCCCCGGGAACUCCAGUGAGUACGCAUGAUCAUGGCGUACCAGACAAUCCGGCCUCCCCAUCACAGCUCCGGAGCCCUAGGGACAAGGCGACGCAAAUAUCCUCCACCGAACAUCCUGUGUUAGCUAAGUCGCAAAAUACUGCAUCAGGACUGGACAAUAAACGAGAUCGCAAACCCGCUCUAUCGCUAGGUCCAGUCACACACGUGGACCAGCCACUCUCCCCAGCAUCAUCUGUUGAGCCUUAUUCCACCAACACGCCGAUUCCUCCAACUGCAUCCUCAGACACUAGCCCUGACGAGGCCGAGGAGGCCGAUGAACACGAAAGCCACGUCGUUUCAGAAAAGUCUGUUCAACCUGCCGGUCCUGUCCCUGACAAGGCUCAGAAUGUUUCGACAAUAACCAUUCCCUCGACACCAGAUGAACAGCUCAGACUCGAAGAAGCGCAAUCUCUCCAGCAGAAUGCCCAGGUUCUAGCUGCAGGCAAUACAACCGGAGAUCUCGGUCAGCCAGGGGCCGCCCUGGUAUCGAAGCAAGUUAUUAAGGAGGAUAUACUUUCUCCGACAGCUCCUGCGCCAUCCGCGAACGAAAUAGAGAUCCGUGAAGAUUCCAUGUCAUUAGGAGUACAGAAGGAAAAACAACAAUCACUCAGUAUAAGUACUUUGGAAACAGUAGGAAACCAAAGCGUACCCCCGGCACCUCCUACAGAUAUCAAGAAAGAACAUGAACCUGCUUCAAUACAACACCUAAGCCACGUCUCCAAAAAUACAACGUCGACAAUUGGUUCUGCUGUGCAUCCUACACCGGAGAGAAUGACAACUCGUGUAUCUUCAGGUGCUAUAAGGCACAAGUCCGUCUCUGAGAUUCUUGGCGAGACCCCGAAGACCCCUAUUUCGCGAAAUGAGGUCCAGCUAGCCGAGUCGCCUUCUGGUCAGCUCUCUGUCUGCCCAGGAACUCCUGACACGGCCAGUCGUAUUAAGCAAAGAAAAGACCGUGAGAAGGAGCGUGCGCGAUUAUCUACAGUGGUUUUCCCCGCGAAGCAAUUAGAUAAACAAGAAACCUUGGAUCUUGUUCGACAAGACGGAGGGCAAUUGGUGACUGGAUUGAAUGAUGAACAAGAUUAUUUAUUCACUCUCUUUCAGAAUAAGGCUUAUUCGCCUCCCCGAACUUCGAACAUAACCACCCUUCUGGGAACUGCACACAAAACUCUUAGUACGUCAAAUCAUCUUCUCGAAUACCAAGAGCAAAUGGACUGCCGUACCUUGCGACGCAUCUAUUCGCUCCAAAAUGCCAAUCGAUGGCCACUUCGCCAAAUGAAGAGAUCCCUAGAACCCCAACGUCAAGGCACGCAUUGGGAUAUUUUGCUGGAUCAUAUGAAAUGGAUGCGUACGGAUUUUCGAGAGGAACGGAAGUGGAAAAUUGCAGCCGCCAAAAGUUGUGCCGACUGGUGCGCCGAAUUCGUCAAUAGUGACCACGAACAGCAAGCACAGCUACGAGUAAAUACAAGGAUUCCAGUUAGCAGACAAUUGGAAGAUGUGGAGAUGAAGGAAGCUUGUGGCGAAGCUGAGAUUGCGGCAGAUGAUACGAUACCUGCUUCGCAAUCUACACCAGACCUGGUGCCCUCUGCUGAUGAUGAAUCUGCCAGUGAAGGCUUUGCGGAGGAACUACGAACUAAUAUUCAAGAAAUGGUUGCUCCUGCAGCUAUGUUCUCACUUGGGUGUGAUGAAUUCACAUUCUCCAUUGAUGUCACCCCAACAUCUGAAAAACUAUUGGAAGAACUUCCUAUUUAUUCCCCUAUGGGAAUCUCUUCAGAUACAUUUAUGCCAUCGUUCAGGCUUCAGCCAGAUGCGAACUGGAAGACCGAUAUCCUCCCAGUCUCGAAAUACGCCACAGGUAGAAUCAGCUUUAGUGACGAUUCACCAGCGCGGAAACGCAGCCGAUAUGAUCAUACGCAGCACUACGACCAGAUAGAAGCGGGCAAUGUUGAUGUGAAUCCAGAACAGACCAACGUUGCACUCUUUUGCCCCGAAAAUAAACAUAUUCGGGAUCGCAUUCAUCCCGGUCAUUCCUUCCGGCCUCCAACCGAGCAUCCAAUGCCAUCAGUAGGGUUUUUCGAAUCUAGACAAUCUUCGCAGUGGACAAUUGCGGAAGAUGAUGACCUUCGUCGUUUAGUGAAAGACUACUCAUACAAUUGGUCGCUCAUUGCUAACUGUCUAUCAUCCCCUUCUUUGUUUACUUCAGCAGCAGAGCGUCGAACACCAUGGGAAUGUUUUGAGCGAUGGAUUGGUCUCGAAGGGUUACCUGCUGACAUGUCAAAAACGCAAUACUUCCGCGCUUAUCACCAGCGAUUGGAAGCUGCUCAGCGGACCGUUCUUGCACAACAACAAGCCGCACAACAGCAACACCAGCAACAACAGGCACAGCAAGGGAACUCAGCUCAAGCACAGCCCUUGAUUCGGAGGAGAACGACACAACCCAUUCGUGUUGACCGUAGGCGAACGUCUCGUCACUUGGCUCUUCUGGAUGCCAUGCGGAAAUUGGCGAAGAAGCGGGAGACGGCUUUGCAAAAGCAACAGCAAGCUUCUCACCUUGCUUCUUUACGCAAAGUCAAUGAAGCGAAUCAACCUAAACCUCCAAUCACAAACCCCGCUGAAUUUAGCAAGAUGAAGUAUGAGAGGGAGCAAAAGCUUCAAGAAAGACAAGAGCAAUACCGUCAACAGAUGAUUGCUCAACAGAGAGCCAAUCUAGCUGCACAACGUGCAGGACAACUGUCCAAUCAGCAAACAGCUUCAAUGAAUGGCGUAAAUGGACGAGCUCCUAACGGUGUACCAGCUACCGGGGCUCAGGCAAUACCUGGAACCGCGCCGAAUGCUGUGGCCAAUGGUAUAUCCUCAAACGCCAAUAUCAACCAUGGAAAUGUCAUGCCUAUGCAAGCUAUGCCGAAUGGAAGACCCGUGAACAGCCCUUUACCGCCAAACUCAAUGCCAGUGAAAAUGGUACCCCAGCCAGGUGUACAGCAGCAAAUAGCAGCACGGCCUGGGAUACCCAUUCAAGGAUCUCCUGACAAUGCUCGAAUCAUGCGAGAAGCUAGCCGGGUGUCAGAACAGCAACGCCUCUUGCAAUCUCGUCAACAAGGCCACCAACCAGGACAACAGCAAUUUCACAAUCCACAACAGUUUGGUCAGCAAGGGACUCACUCGCCAAAUAUGAACGUUCAAGCAAUGAAUGGUACCCCUAAUAAUCCAGCAUUAAUUGCUGCGAUGCAAGCUGCGGGGGGAAUGGGUAGCCCGUCUUUCCACGGCACUAAUGCUCAAGGCAUUUCAACACCAUCUCCGCGCAUGAACCAGCCAACUCAUCUGUCGACCGGCGUUGUUCCGACAAUAACAAAUAUCCAAAAUCAAAUACAGAGGAACAACCCAAACCUUUCUCCUGAACAGGUCACUAAAAUGGCAACGGAGCGUCUUCAUGCAUACCAACAGCAACAACAACGCAUGACUCAGCUUGCUAUGAAUGCGACGGCUGCCAACAUGAAUGGUGCACAAUCUAAUUAUCAAAUGCCACCAGAUGGUAACUUCCAGCAAAAUGGCAAUGGCGGAAUGCAAAACCCUCAAGCACAAUUCUCGCCGUUGAUGCGAGUCGCUCAACCCAACCAGCCAAACCGUCCUCCUGUCGGAAGCUCCCCAUCUAUGAAUGGCAGUGUCCUGCCACAAAGCAGAAGCGCUACUCCACAGACCCAACGAAGUGGAAGUGCUGCGGGCACUAACAAAAGUCCUCAUCCUCCUCCUGCACAGAUGGCUACCAACCAAGCCAACUAAGCUAAUCAAUCCUGAGAGGAACUUUUGUGAAUAUGGUUGUGCUCUUUUUUAUUGUGGCUGUAUUCAAUUCCGUCCAAAUCUACCCUAUUACACGAUUUACGCGAUUCCUACCACCUUGAUAAUUCUUACCCUUCUUCACCUUUAGCCUCAUUUCUUUCAUCCUAUCUAAUAAUGUUCAUGCUAUGUUUUAUACUUCUCCCUUGCCACUGCGACGAGGGAGAUAUACGGCGGUGUCCUAACUAUGGGUUGGCGUUUGGACGGGUGCUUCUUGGAAUUGGCUUCUCUCGUAUCAAUAUUCCACGGGAUGGCUAUUGAUAAGUUGUACGAGUAGUGUUGAUACGUUUAUACCUGUGUGGGUUGACACACGAGAUACAAUGAAGUGCUUGAAAGCAAAAAUGCUGCAGAACUAG